CAUGUCAAAAUUGCAACAACAACUCUGAGCUUCGCUUGCUUCGGGUUUUUUUAAUUAUUGGUCGGAUUUUUAUCCAAAUAUAUUUCAUUCCUUUCAAGAAAGGUUACUUCUCAUAUUCUACUCUGAGAACCUUCCAAUCCGUUCCAAAACCCCACCCUCUCAUACCAUUAAACAUGUCGUCUUUAUUCACCGGCACGACGCAGUUCGCGCACAAGAGCAAGCUACCCGCCGGCGCCACCAAGGCCUCGGGUAUAGCCAUGCUGCACGACCACGCCUUCUACCUCGAGUGCGACCCGCACCUGGUCAAGUCCAGCGAGCUGGACGCGACCAAGGCGGCGUCCCUCAAGAAGACGUCCAAGCUGCCCAAGGGCAUCGAGGCCGUUUCCGAGACCAAGUACUACGAGGUUCACGACCUGGUCCACAACCUGCCCGGCGGCAUGUGGGACUCCAACGUGGUCAGCAGCUAUGAGAUGACCAACACGCCAGAGGGCGUGUUUGUCCGCAUCCGCAGCCCCAUGAGCGUCGUUAUGGACACCUACUGGACCAUCAGGGAGAUGCCGGCCGGUGAGGUGGCGGAGAAUGGCGACAAGACUCCUGGUGGGCUGGCUAUUGUCGAGGAGAUCACCAUCAGCGCGCCGAGGUUGGUCGUGGGCAUCGUCAAGGGGCUCUGCGAGGGUGGGUGGAAGCAGAUUCACGACAAGAUGCUCGCACGGUUCGAGCCAGAGGGUAAGGCUACAGCAGCUGCAUCCACGGCGGCGCCAGCGGCAGCGGCUCCGGCCUAGGCGGAAACUUGAUGUAGUUUUGACUGGUGCAUAUAUCAUACGUAUUACAGCCAUAAUAUUUGUUUUGUUGGGUUGGUUGAUAUACACAAACAGUUAGGUUAAGACAAGCAGUCAAACAGGAAAAAGUAAAGCUCCCCUACAUCAAGCUAGAACGUCCUCCAAUCUCCAUAGAAGGCUGCCCGUCUUUCAUCUGCC